AUGGCGAAAGAAAUAGAGAUUUCCAAUUCAGAAUCAAAAUUUUUACUUGAAGCACUAAGGCAAAAUUAUAGACUUGAUGGACGUUCAUUUAGUCAAUUUCGUGAUGUUAAAAUCGCAUUUGGUGACGAAUACGGUGAUGUUACUAUAGAAAUGGGCAAAACUAAAGUUCACUGUAGAAUCAGUUGUCAAAUCACUCAACCAUAUGAAGAUAGGCCAUUUGAAGGUUUAUUUUUAAUAUCGACCGAGAAUUCUCCAAUGGCUGGACCACAAUUUGAAAAUGGGAACAAUACAAACGAAGAUGAAGUGCUGAUUGCAAGAAUUAUUGAAAAAGCUGUGAGAAGAUCAGGGGCUUUAGACAUUGAAGGUUUAUGUAUUGUUGCGGGCAGUAAAUGUUGGGCAGUUAGAGCAGACGUUCAUUUCUUGAAUUGCGAUGGUGGAUUUAUCGAUGCCUCGUGUAUUGCGGUCAUGGCCGGUCUACUGCAUUUUAGGAAACCUGAUAUUACUGUCCACGGAGAACAGGUGAUAAUGCAUCCCGUCGAUGAAAGAGAACCUGUACCUUUAGGUAUAUUACAUGUACCAAUCUGUGUCACAUUCUCCUUCUUCAAUCCCAUGGAUACUGAAGAGAAUAUAAAAGGUGAUACAAAUGCAGAAAUUACCAUCAUUGACGCCACAUUAAAAGAAGAGCUGCUAAGAGAUGGUGUUUUGACAGUAACUUUAAAUAAAAAUAGGGAAGUAGUACAAGUCUCGAAGGCAGGUGGCCUUCCAAUGGAUGCAUUAUCUUUGAUGGAAUGUUGUCGUAAAGCGUACGCUAUUACGGAGGAAAUCACAGAUAAAAUCACGUACGUGUUAAAGAAGGAUGAAAAACGCAGGAAUAAGUUUGCUGAUUUGCUUACUUCAGAAAAUGCCCGUGAAACUUCAUAA